UCUCGCUCCCGUCGCCCACUCUUCUUCUUUCUCUUUUGCUUCAGUUCCUUUUGUUACUCUUGGCAGAGGGGCUUAUUGUUUAAUAUACACGGUAUUCGUCGCUUCCGUCAUCCAUAAUGCCCUCCCUAUUCAGCCCUUCUUCACCUGACAGGCCCAAAACCCGACGCUGGUCGUCAGCCAUGCCACAGGGGCCUCCGCCACCCUCGUCACCGGAGCAUCGAAGGAAACCACCGAGGCUAUCGUUUCAUAAGAGCAUCUCCAUGACAAACGUAUUCGAACCACAACAGCAACAAUCAAAUCAGCAGCAACCAACAACCCCAGCCCGGAAAAUGCGCAAUCGACUAUCUUCGUUCCUUACCACAUCACCGAUCAGCCUUCGUAGCAGUAGCCAUAAUUCAUUGGACAAAUUGACAGAAGAACCACCACAGCCGUCGGUAUCAGCACCUUCACCAUUCGAACACGAUAUCUCUUCACCUUGCUCAAACACUACCACCGCAUCGUCAUCAUCUGAUGACUUUUUGGCUUCCCCUUACGAGGACUACCAUGUGACCUCGCCAACGCUACUACAUUCGGAAAAUGCUUAUGUAAAAAAGCCCAUGGGGCUUGCACAAAUGGUACAGACUGAGCUCGGAUGCAUCAUGGAGCAAGUAGACGAAGAGAUCGAGCAAGAAUGGGAGCAUAGUCGUCGGAUACUACGUCAAUCACUUUCCAUGCCCGUUACAUUGUCGUCGGGACUUUAUAAAUAAAACUUUCUUUUUUCGUUUGUUUGUGUUGUUGUACACACACAGACCUCCUGUGGAGUAUUUUUAGUAAAACGAUGGUUUAUUUUGGCACAAAUAACACUAGCGGGGACGGAGGAAGCCAAUAAAGUAGACAGACCUUGGCAUUAGAGUUACCCAAUCGCCUGCAAUUGUAA